AUGAGCCCAAUGUUGCAGAGGCGCGGAGGAGAGCAGGGCGUGGAGACGGCAGGGGAGGGGGCGCUCUCGAUGCAUCUCUCCUCCUCCUCCUCCUCCUCCUCCUCCUCCUCCUCAUCCUCCUCAUCCUCCUCCAACAUCAUCACCAACACCUUCUCCUCCUUCAUCUUCUCCUCCACCUCUACCUUCGAUCACUCCAACUCCAACUCCAUCCCCAACUUCAGCGCCGGCUUCGACCACCGCUUUUUCAGUAAUCGCUCCAUCUCCACCCCCGACCUUCCUUUCCCCCGCUUCUCCCAUCUCGCCCAUCUCCCCCAUCCAAACCGCCCCCAUCUCCCCCAUCUCCCCCGUCCAACCCCCCCCUCUGCCGAUCCAUUCCUGCUCGGGAACCCUCCACUCCCGGGCCUUCCCCUCGCUCCGAAUACCAGCCUCGUCGUUGAUCCCCAGUGGCUCACGCUGGACGACAUGAAUACUACUCCGUACUUCUCGAAUUCCGACGAACCCUCGCUUGCCAACACCCCGAAAUGGGACGACUACACCACCGGUUUCGAUCAAUCCGAUUCCGCGGCAAGCAGUCCCAAUAAUCUCCAGAACGUUCACCCAUCCACGCAACCGUUUGCGCAAUCAGGCUACGAGCCACCCCUCGCGCUGCAAGACGAUGUGUCCGCCUCCGCCAUGAUCUUCCCCCCGUACCGCCUCCACCUCGGCGCCAGCGCCGCCAAGUCGCGCGUCGAAACCCAAGUCAACGUCCCUUUGACCCUCUAUCCUGCCCCGCCUGGCAUCUCGAAGGUGCACCUCCCCGCCGAAAGUAUCGCCAAACCCAAGCUCCUGAUCCGCGGCCACGAGCCCUCCCCCGACACCCUCGAGCUCUCCACCUACCUCGUCCGCACCACCGCUAUGAAACACCGCUACUUCCAACGCAAGGCCCUCGCCCACGCGCGCGGAGACCCCGAUCCGCCUAUCCAGCCCGACGAGCAGGCGGAGCUCGAUGCCGACGACGAGCGCCGCGCCCCGGACUUCGACCACGCGCCGGACCACCCGCAGAACGGCGGCGAGGUGAAGAUCUGCAACAACUGCAUCUCGCGGGAGCGGAAGCGGUCGCUGCGGAAGAAGCCGAGCGAUAAGGAUGAAGAGAAGCUGUUGAAUCGCAUGUGGAGCGAGCUGGAGGCCAUGCGCAUCGUCGUUUUCAAUCGGGGGGAGAUCCAGGACUGGACCCACGUGUCGAAUCUGCGGAUCCCGACGUUGCCGUUGGCGGGUCAUGCGGCGGCUGAUUCGGCGCUGACGGUCGAAUUGCCGAUGCGCAUCGCAUGCUAUUGUCGCCAUCAGGGAGAAAAGAUCGGUUUCCAAGUCAUUUUUACCUUGAAGAACCAUCUCGGCCAUGUCAUUGCGCAGGAAAUGAGCCAGUCCAUCCAUAUCACCGACGACCAUAAGGCCAAAGAACCACCGACCGCUAUCCCCUCCUUGGAUAUGACCGGAAUGGUCCUCCAAACCGCCGCUCCUUACAUGCAAGGCAUCCCAGCCACCAUGGGGAUGCCCGGUCCGUCGUCCGCCGUCUCCAUGACGUUCCCUCUGGCUAACCCCCCAAUGUAUGGACUUGCCGGCCAACCGAUGGGAUUCCCGCCGCAGCUUUCUCCAUCGACCUUAGGACCCGUCAGCCAAUUCCCCAUGGCUUCCACAGGAAUGGAUCCGCAGAUGAUGCCACCGACCUCGGCUGGACCCAUGCAGACCACCUUCACCGGGGCCACCCUCUCCCAGCGCCACGCCUUUUCGACUCCGAACCUCGUCGAACUGGGCGGGAUGGGCUCACAUUACCCAAGUCAUCACCACCAUGGUUGGGAUACCGUUCACACACCCAUUGAUGGGACUGUGACACCUCGAAAUCUGUCCCGCCCCCCUUCGCCGAGUUUCGAAGCCGGCCCGGCGAAGAAGCGGAAAGGCUCGUCAUCGGGCGCCCAUCGACACAACAUGUCCUCCGCCUCGCUGUCAAAUCUGAUUAUGACCCCCAUCGCCGGAAACCCCCUUUCGCGUGAAUCAUCCAACCUCGCCAUCACGCCUCCCGCCAUUCCCUACAGCAAUUCGUCCGACGGGUUCCCAUUCACCACCACCGGCGCAUACGGUCCUAGCUCGCGCAACUUCCCUUCGCCGACCAACUUCCAUAACCAACAGUUUUACUCGGCCCCCAACUCUGCACACCAUUCUCGUGCUCCUUCUCCGACCUCCUUCACCAAUGCGAUGCAAAACCAAAUGUCGGCACAAGUCCCUCACCAUUCCCAACGACCGUCCUCAUCUCAAGCACUCAAUACGCAACCCCACCGCCCACACGGCCGCCGCGCCACGCCCCAACACCCCUCCAAACCCACCAUCACCAACCUCGUCCCCGCCGAAUCCCCCAUCAAAGGCGGCAUCGACAUCGCCUGCAUCGGCCACAACUUCCACCCCAAACAAUCUGUCUGGGUCGGCCCCCACCGCGCCACUGUCCGCCCCUCUACCCUCUCCGCCUCCUCCCUCGUCUUCGUCGCCCCCACCGUCCACCGCGCCUGCGCCCUCCCCGUCUUCCUCACCCUUCCCACCGAAUCCCCCGACGACCUCGACCCCGCUCCCGACGACCCCCGCCCCCUCCUCCACUACGCCCCCGACGACGGCCCCCUUCUCGGCGAAGCCAUGCGCAUCCUCGCCCACCGCGUCUACGGGCCUGACGUGAAAGACCUCCGCACGCUCGCCCAUCAUCUCGUCCGCGCCGACCGCGCCGCCCACGCCCCCUACCUCGACCCCGCGCAGGACGCCACCAGCGCAACCGCCCCGCCCACCCAGCCCAUGCCGCCCACCUCCCUCUACCCGCACGGCCUUAUGCCCGGCGGCAACGGGCAGAACGCGUUCCUCCUCGGCCCACAGGCGAACGGGAUGAUGGGGGAGGCGACGGCGCUAAACGAUUCGUUGGGGGACAUGACGUUGACAGAUGCAGGGUAUGGGGGUGGGGCGGCGCUGAAGUUGGGGGACUUUGAGAUGCCGGAGGUGGGGUUGGGGGAUGUGCCGGAGAUGGAGGUAAGGGGGGCGGAGGAGGGGGAGUUGGUGAGGAGGAUCGAGGAGUGGAAGGGGGUUUAG